AUGAUGUACAUUUCUUCUGACUUCCCAACCGCCAUCACCAUGCGCAAAACCAAUGUAUACGAAGAAAGGAGUGUUGGAGUCUACGAGCAUGACUCCGUUUCAGAAGCAGAAUCUAGGAACGGAAAACAUGUUGGACUGGCCGUGCACAUCCAGCGACAACUGGGAUUCGAUCUCUGUUGCAUGGAAGACAUCGUUGACUCCAACACACAUUGGAUCAUGCAAUUCUGCUGCAAUGUGAAUCGCAUGGAGAUGACAAGGAGGAACGAUUGA